AGGUCAUCCUUUUUACAUCUCCUUUCAACAGCCAAUCCCAUUUCUGUCUCGUUUGGAAAUCCCAGUCUGUCAAAAUGUUCAACCUGUCCGAGGAAACCAAGGAGCGCAUCGCCAAGCUCAUCGAUGUCUCCCGCGUCGCCAUUCACUAUGGCUACCUUCCCCUGAUCCUCUACCUCGGCUACACCCGCAGCGACCCUCGCCCGUCUUUGAUCCGCCUCCUUUCUCCCCUCUCCUAAAUGGCGACACCAGCAACUGAGGACACGAACCCAAACCCCCCUCAACCACCCCCUUGUACAUUACUGCUAGACACGACCACGACUUGUUUGGAUUAAAAGGAAAAAAAACCGCAGAUGAGCGUAAGCAAUGAUAUGCUGGUCGGAAACUGGACGAAAAAAGUAAUCUAUGGCAUCAGCACUGGGAUAAAGCUCGCGAAUUAGCCAGCGUCUCACGCGACGCCUGUUGUAUCAUUACAAAAGACAAACGAAUACAAUUGAAUCGUUAAAACUAUAAAAUAA